AAAUGUUAAACCAGCGCCACUUAUCUGAUGCACAUAUAUUAUAAAUUUAAAGAACAACUUCGUGCACCAAACUACCUAAGUCUGGCGACUGGCUGUAAUGACUACUGAAUAUAAGACUCUAAGCGAUGUAUAGUGUAUACUACAACUGACUAGCUACUCCUCGGCAUUGGACAUAAGCAAAUAAUAACAAGAUAAGUGUAAUAUUAAUAUGAUAUUAUGACCAUUACAUUAGACUUAUAUGAUACGGAUAUGAGUACGGAGGGACGCGGGUCCAUGCUUAAUAGAUAACCAUGACCGAAAAUACCAUAUUUUUUAUCACAAAUCCUAUGAAAAAGUAAAAACACCACGGCUAUAGAUAAUAGAAUUUAUGUGUGUGAAAAACAUAAGCAAUAUAGGUAUUCUGUGUCAUAAGUCAUCUGUUAUCAGCAGCUCGAGUCACUAACUCAACGUUACGUCUUCACAAUAUUCACUCGUUUAAUUUUUAAAAAUUUGAAUUCUAUGAAAUGCCAAGUCGAUUGCAACUGAUUUUUUUUAAAUUUUCUUUGUAAGGCGCCUAUGUAUCAAUUUACACGAUUUUGAGAAUGGUUGUGUUACAAGACAACAUAAAUGACAAAAACAUGCCGGAUCAUAUUUUAAUGUUAAAUAGAAUUGACAUUAAAAAUAUACUUAAUUUACCUCUGAAAGCCACACAAAGAAUAAAAUAUACUUGUUUUGAAGUAUCUCAGAACUUUAUCAUUUUUGGGGCUUCCAGUGGUGGAUUGUAUGUAUUUCGCAGACAACCUUGUGAGUUUAUUCAACUGCUUCCAAAUAAAGAAGGAUCUGUGACUCAAAUUGCUGUAUCUAAAGAUGAAGAACUCAUUGCAUUUGGUACACAAAAAGGCAUUGUGUGUAUAUUGCAAAGAAAUGAAAACGGGGUUGGUGCAAAGUUGAUAAAUAAGUCUACUGAACAUUUAGGACAUGAAAUCACUACUAUGGAAUGGACUUCAAGGAAUCAAAUAUAUUUUGGCGAUUGCAAUGGAAAAGUCACUUCAAUAUAUGUAUCAUUAUUUGUUCGAAAGGCCAUUUUCCAAACCCCGCCAUACACUAUGAUUGAACUGGAUUCAAAAGUCAUUCAGAUAGAUAGUGCUGAUGAUAUAUUAGUGAUCUCGACAUUGACAAGAUGUUAUGUUUGUGACAUGUCCAAAGAACAAUUUAAACAAAUUGGACAAAAACCUAGGGAUGGAGAUUAUGGUUGCUGUAUUGUUUCUUGGAAUGAGAAGAAAAUCUUUUCUGCGCGACCCGGUUCAAGGAUUUGGGAAGCAGAGUUAAAUGGAGUUGUAAAAAGUACACAUCAACUGAAAUACUGUUUAGCCAUUCCACCAACACUUAACGUUUGUGCACAAAAACCAUUUGAUUUAUCAAGAAUUUCUGGAAAAAAUUGGCCACCACAGUCUCUGAAUUUUAAAAAACUAUAUACAAUUUGGGAAAAUUGCUUACUUACAUAUACAUCAAACAGCAUAUUUAUACUGGAUAUGUUAAAAGUUAAUGUUCUAUUAUGGUGUGACGGAUAUAAUAAUAUACAAAAUGUCAAGUAUAUUGAAGAUACUAUAUAUAUAUGGUCUUCAAAUGGCGAACUUAUUGCUGAAAAAAUCACUCCCCUUCAAAAUUAUUUAGUUAAUUGUUAUGAGUGUGAAGAUUACAAUUCCUGCAUUUCAUUGAUAGAACAUUAUUAUGAUAGAAUAAUAAAUACAAAAUCCAUUAUUGAUGAGUUGUAUCCACUUGUCAACAUAGAUCAAAAGAUAGACUUGCCAGUUAAUACAAACAAUUUGAUCUCAAAAAUUAAAAAAACUUAUUAUUUAAAACAGCAAUUUUUUAAGUUACCGUCCGGAAUUUACUCUUUGAAGAAUUAUGUAUAUGAAAAAAAAAAUUAUAGAUUACAAAGAAGUUAUAGUUUACUUUCCAUUAAGUCUGAUAAACCUAUAUUACGCUAUAAGUCUAUGCUUAAUAUACAUAUAAAUUUAGAAAAAGUUAAAAAGUCUGAACAUUAUCCAUGUAGUGAUUAUUCUAAGUUAAACAAUAAACAAGGUUUUGAUCAGAUGUAUAUGGAGUUGAAUAUUCCCUCAAUUCCAUUUGUUUCAUUGACUACUUCUGACGUAUUUCACGAUACUCUAAUGGAAAUAGGGUCAAAUGUUACCAAUAAACUUGCUAAGAGUAGUAAAACUCUUAAAGAUACAUUAAAUAAUCUUACUGCUAGUACAGGUAAAAAUGAUUUGGUGCCUUAUGAUAUAUCAAAUACUAUUAAUCGACCAGAACCGCCGCCUGUUGAUGAAAGCGAAGUAGAUGUUUCCAAUUAUAAGUUGGACCUUGAACAUCGUGAAAAACUCAAUUUACUUCCUAUUUUAAAAAUAUGUAAAAAACUUCAAAAUGGAUAUAAAUUAGAUGUAGACUGUUUACAACAGUUAUGUAAUGGUGUAUGUGAAGUAAAAUCUAAUUUGGAAAAUGUUUUACAUGUAAAACAACCAAUGUUUCCAUUCCAACAGUAUUUGAAAGAAAAACAUUUGCAUACUAUUAAGAAAGCAGUAAAUGAUGGUUUUAUUGGCAAUUUAGUUGGAAAGUGGGCUGAUAUACAUACAAAUGAUGUUUUGAAUGUCAAUAAAUUUGACUACCCAGAAUUUCUGACUUACUAUUUAGAUGAAAAUGAUUUUAAAAAAGAUACCGAAGUCAGUGAGUUAAUCACAUUAUUUGGUCAAGUUAUGGAAGCUGGUAGUAUUUUUCACUUUUUACUGAAUGGUAACUUGAAAUGUUCCUAUGCAAUAUUUUGUAAGAUUUUGAAAAUGAGCUCUAAUAAUGAUGGAAAGACUGAAGAACCAUUAUUAAUGUACUUAAAUUCAAUGUAUGUAUUUUUAAAAUUGGGCCAAAUUGAAUCAUUUCGUAUACUUGGAUACAAAAGAAACAUCAAACCAAUAUUUGUAUUUUAUUUAUUAAUGAAGUUUUCAGUUCAUUUAGAGUUGAUCAAUCGCAAAAAAUGCAAUACAAUAUUUUUGUCCUAUUUAUCACACUUUGAUAAAAGUAUUUUUACUGACUAUAACAUUCUGUAUUAUGCCGUUUAUAGUUUUGUGAUACUAAAUAAUCAGAAAAACCAUUUAUGUAAAUGUGGAUUUCCAUUGGAUAGUGUUGAAGGUGAAUUCAAAAAGCUUGGAAAAAUACUUAUUGAUUAUUUAUCUAGCGCUGAUAUAAAUUUGGAGCAAUUACAUUUAAUUUUACAUAAAUUUGUGAAAUGUGAUGUAACCACAAAUUCUCUAGAAGAUGUAAUAAAAUGUUUUUGUAAACAAGUGCCUCAUUUAUGGCCUAUUGUUUUAAAAUCAGACUUAAAUUUAAAUGGUUCGAAGCAUACAAAAAUUAUACUUGCUAUCCAUUUAGGUUUGGUGGAUCAGUUAGAUGUUCAUUUGUUCAACAAAACUGAAUUAUUGUUUGACAAACUUUUCACAUUAAAUCAUUACUUUAAAAAUGGCCUUUGUUUGAAUUGUGGCAAUAUUGGUGAAAAAAAUCAAGGAAUCACAUGGACUGAUUUAACAUCUUUGGCAUUUCAAUAUUUAAGUCACGAAGAAACUAGAAGCUUACUCUUCAAACAUAGACACAAUAUACCAUGCGGAGAUAUUGAUAAUUGGUUUUAUCAGAGUUUUAUUUUGACUCAAUUGGUUGAUGUAAACUCAAAGAAAGCUUUGAUCAAUACACUACAAAAUCAUAAUAAUAUAUCAAUGAUAAGCACAGAGAAUUGUAAAAAUACUUUAACAACUUUGGAAGAAGAAAUGGGUGGAACUAUUCAGUUCAAAAAUCAAUAUUCAAAAAAAUCACACUGGGGUACACAAAUUGAUGUAAAAAAUGGUUAUUGUAUUUGGUGUUCAUUACCAUUGAACUCUGAUCCUUUAAUUCGAGGUAAGAAUAAUGGACUCAUAUCGUUUAGAUGUGGACACUCUUUUCAUACUGUAUGUAUUCGUCAUCAAACUGAUAAUAUUCAAUGCGUCGUGUGUCGAAGAAAAUAUUAAUUAUGUUAAAGUAUAGG